AUGUCCGGUCUUGAGGUUAUCGGAGCUAUUGCCAGCGCCUCACAGCUCUUGCAAUACACCGUGACCCUCGUCAACAACCUUCAAACGCUAUACCGCAAUGUCGAGCACGCCGGCGAACGCUGCAGUCUCUACCGCGAGCAGAUCGAUCAACUCCUCCAGAUAACGGAUCUGCUAAAAUCACUAGAGGAAGUACUGUGCUUCGACACGGUUGCGCCCCACGUCCGAGCACUUGUGAAAACCACCGAGAGUAUCGACGAGGCGCUGAGACAAGGCGGUGCCGGAGACAUCUCACGACGGUGGAGAAGACUAUUGAAGGCGCGGCAGUGGGGCAAGGCAGAAGACAUGAUUCUGAAAGCGUUUGCCGAUCUGGAGCGCGAGAAAAGCUGCCUCACUCUCAGCAUCCUUGCCAACUAUGGGGGCCUAAUGGGCCGGAUCGAUAGAAAUAUCGGCGACGGCCUCCCUCAGCUACAAGAGCAGGUUGGGAGGAUCGAACGGACGCUGAGCAGCUGCUCCGCUAUUGUCCAAGAGGGAGAAAGAAUCAAAGAAACGUCCGCCUUUCUCGACAACCACGCUUGUUCCCAACCAUCCAGCUUCGGGAUGCGCAAGGCUGACGACGACGGCAACAAGGAGCUCGUUCUCCGAGGAGUGCAGGCUCUCCAAGCGAAGCCGCCAGACCAGAGCUCCAACGACGGCUUUCAGACGCCGAGCCUGGACGAAUCAAUCCUCGCCGUCCAGCGGCACGAUUCGGAACGGAGCGAUAGCGGCUAUGAAAGCCUUCGGGGGAGCACUCUUGCGGAUGAGCCCCGGCCUCCGACGCGGUCAUGGAUUGGAAACCGGGUUCUCGACGGGGCCAUGCAGAUAAACGGCAACGUGGGGGAAAAAGACGCCAUCGACUCAGCCCUGGUCAACUGCCACUGGGGCCAGAACGAGGCGAGGGACCAGAGCAAGCAGGUCAACGGGGAGAUCCUGGAUGCCAAAUUCGCCGCCAUUUUCUUCUGUCAGCCUCAGCCGCUGAGCGCCUGA